GCAGAAAAUGGCCUCCAACGCCCUCGCCCCCGUCAUGUUCCAGCUGCAGGAGAGCAUUCGCAACUUCGACCUCAGGAACUUCAUCAACAACGACCUCAGCAACUGGCUCGGCAAGAUGGACUUCAAGACGGUGGGCUUCGUGGCUCUGGCGGCGUUGGUCGUCCUUCUGGUCCUGGACCUGUUCACCAAGGGCCCCACCCCCUUCGGCAGGAGCCUGGUGUCCUCCGCCGCCCACGCCUGGGACAGCACAGGCCAGACGGGGCUCAGUCAGUCCCUCCGCGGCAGCCGUUCUCUCGAGCCCGUGGCAACUGUCCUGGACGCGCUGGCGGAGGCGGUGAAGAAGUGGGAGGCGCAGGAGGAGGGCGUCGUCAGAAACCGAGCCUUAUGAGACGCCAGAGAGUUCCGCUGGAUUCCGUUAUUCGGGUCGUGUUUAUACCUCUAAUGUAAAUAUUACAAAGUGUGGAAAGAAUCUGCAAUUUGUUUACAAGCGUUUGUUUGCGGGCAAGCAAACUAUCUUGUUUUUUGCCAUCUUGGUCAAGCAGUCCUGUCCAUUUCCAUAAUUUAUAUAUUUUCUUUUUAUUACUUGUGUGUUAUUGUUAUUAUUAUUCUCAUUGUUACUUCACUUCCAAUCAUAUACACAAUGUUCUGCAGGAUAUGUGUAUUCACUGUGAAUGAACAAUACCAUAAAUACAA